AGUAACGGGAAGAUCACCGAACGCUUUUGUUACUUCGUCACUUUCAAUUAGCUCCUCUUUUCCUUACAUCGCAUCGGUUGAAUCCCACCAUCCUCUCGGAGAAUAGCCGGUGACCGAUUCGAAACACUUGUUGGGUUUCGUGCUUCGGGGUUGCUAGUUGGCAUAGCGUAACCAUAAAGGGAACGAGACAAAAAAAACUGGCUGACAAGGGCAGGGAGGACCGAAUCUGCCACCUGCACCAAGCCGAAACGAGUCAUUUUUGUUCCUCGGGGUUGGAGUUGUCAUUUGCCAAGCUAUAUUCGAUUUGAUUGAAGUCUUCCAACUUAUUUCGGCAGCUGACUAMAAUURUACAUAAACCAAUAAACUACUCGUUCUACGAGUAAGAAAAAGAUGGGAUGCGGAGCUUCCAAUGCAGCCCACGCAGGCAUGAAUUCCAUGGACAAAAAAUCCAGCGGGGUGACAAACAAUCAAAAUUCAAGCCCUGCGAAAGCCUCGAAUGCUCAGAAUGUAAUGCAGGAAGCAAAACAACCAUUGCUUCCAACGAACCCAGUGACAUCGAAUGCCAGGUAUGAGGAYGAACGAGGGCGUGUUAACGACGCCAACACUGCAGCUCUUUUCGACAAAAGUCCCAUGGAACUGUAUUCAAAUGGCAUUCGACCCUCGUAUGCAAACAUUGAUAGACAAUCUGCAUCUUUACACAAGAUAAAUUUUCCCGGCCCCGAAAAAGUUGUUCAGACACAGGUCGGUGUCGACGAUCCUAAAUGGAGGGAACUCUGGUUUGCGCACAAAGACAAUUUGUUGGAUCCCGCCGACGUUCACGCUACCAUGCAAGAUCUGAUGGCAAACGUCACGAAUCGCUUUUCCGACACGGAACUCUUGUUUUUACAACGAAGGGUACGAAGCACGGUGCGGCGAUCUCAACUUUACACAGAGCAACAAUCGAUCAGUAACGGUGGCAAGAAUCGCGGGGCGGUGAAAAGCAAAAGGAAUCGCGAUGCUAGCAGUAGCAAUAAUACACCCUCGCUCAUGCAGGAGCUACAAGAAACCACAAUCCUUGCAAAGGAACACCAUUUGCUHAGCAGCCACGUAUUGAGAAAGGUCUUGCCACAUCCUCCCGUUCCGAUUGUCAAAUGCAACAUACAAUUUUUGGCUGCAAACUUUAUUCAAGCCAUGGGCAGUCAGUCCGACCUGCAAAACACAACUGUGGAACUAAGCAGUAGCGGGAACAAUAUUCUUAUAGGGGAUAUUGGUGGUGGCCCUGCUUCUACCUUUGAAGUCAAUGACACUAUAUCUGGCAUUGAUAUAGUAGAAACUAUUUAUUUGCUGGCUUUGUAUUGCAACGAUGUACUGUGGGACGACGUGGCCGAAAUUGCAGUCGAUUCUGCAAAGGCGAACAAUCUAGAGAUGGAUGUGAAUAAAAAUAUUCAAAACGGUAGCGAAAGAAGUUACAACAAAAAUUCACUACCACAACCAUCAGAACCAAAAUGCGAAGAGCCACCAAUGGCGCCUCUUGGGAUGGGAAUGCAUUCUCUGACAUUUAUUCUUGGACUGGCAUUGCGUAAGUCAUAAAUGAAGCAUUGCAUAUGUCAUCCGACUUCUCGAGUGCUUGUGAACAACAUCGCCAAGAAGAGGGAGGUCGGUGUACCCACUCAAAUGCUAACUUGCCCAUCUUCUUGUAUCUGUCUUUCGACUUGGUUUCUAUCCAGGUGGAUCUCGACAACAACAGCUGAAUCUCCUUUUUUACAUGUUAUUGGAACCGGAUUCGUUGCGAACAUUUCUUGAAAAUCAUCCUGCUGGAGGAGUUCCGACUUGGUUACUAGAGGUUGAUCAAGAUAUCGUUAUUAGUUUGGCWUCCCUGUCUCAUUAUUAUUGGUACGGAGGAGGGUCUUCUAAUUGCCCCUUUUCGCCAUCUUCAAAUUCAAAGAGUGGUGCUCGCAAAACUGGUGCUGAACAAUGGAAUCGURCGCAGCAUAAUUUGGCUUUGAAACUUUCUGGAUAUGAAGUUAUCCACUUCCUAAUGGCUAUUCUCAUACCCGAAAGCUUCAUGAUGAUCGAUAAUCCAUCAAUUUUAGCAUUUGGAACGAGUCAGGAAUCAAGUUCKAACGAAAAUGAGCAAAAUAGUACCAGCCGAUCACCAGUGUCCUCAAACCGCAAAGGAGGUCUUGUCGGAUUCAAACUCCGUGGUUCAGGCAAUAGCAAAAGAGACAUUAGCAACAAAGASAAUUCAAAAAUCAACGGGAACGGCUCUUUUACUAUCGAUGAUUCGGAGACUCACCAGACAGAUGUCUCGAACAGACUUAAACGUCAGCGGCAACAAUGCUGCUCUGAUAAGUUUACCAGUGCAACAAUGUCUGAUAACAUUGAUUUUUUGAACGACUACUGUGCCGAAGAAAGUCGGAUGAAUUUCGCUGAACAAGCAGCCAUUUGGCUCAGGGACCAUCCGGCAGGUAGUAUGAUGACGAUUUUAGACUUUGAUCGCUUUUGUCGGAAGGCCUUGGAUGAUGGGUGUAUAUCGGCCAUCAUGCAUCGCCUCGUCGCGCACGGUUGGAUUCCCACUCCAUCGAUGGAGCUCGACAUGGUGAGAUCUAGGUGGAGGUUAUGGCAAGAAUCGUCGUCUUCUCUUUCGGCUUGGUCGAAACACGUAUAUCAGUCUGCCGAUGUCGCCAUGGAACUCUUGUCGCAAAAUGUGCGCCUUGUUCUUUCGAUGGGAACCGAUAAUAGCUCCGACGAGAACAAGAACGCAUCUUUAGUUCCCGAAUGUGAUCRAAAUCAAAGUUGUAGUAGCCAGGUAGUUUUCGGUGGUCUAGGUGGGUUUGAUGGCAAAGGUGGAUUGGGAUUUGGGGUCAUGUACUGCAUUGAUAAGAAAUGGUGGCAAGAUUGGGAAGCAUAUGUUGGGUGGUCAUGGGCCGGAGACAGCAAAUCACCAAGUUCGCGAACUUGUGUUGUUCCAAGGAAACGACCAGGAGAAUUGAGCACAGAAUCACUAUUGGAUCGACACAAUGAUGUAGUAGUAGCAGGUACACUGGGAUCAUACGAGCUGAUGAAAAAUGGGCUAGAAAAAGAUGUAGACUAUGUUCUAGUACCUCCUGCUGUUUGGGAUGUCCUUUUUGAGAUUUAUGCUGGUGGACCCCCUCUACCUCGCAUGGUUAGCUCACCWGAACCCAAGAACGAAAAUAUCAAGAKAGAGGGCGCAAACGAGAAAAGCGUCGAACUAUGCAGUCCUACUUCUAGCGAAGGUGGUGUCAUGCAUGGAGACUUGGAUAUUCUUUCCAUCCCAACUGAGUCGGAUUUGGAUGCGAUGGCAACAGCUCCAAUAGACAAUAAAGAUCGAGUUUUGAGGAUACCCCGGCUGAUGGAAGUAAUUACGCACCCAUGGGUUUUACAGUUUCAGCUCUGUGAUCCAUUACAACCAUAUCGGAAGCAAGAUUUUAAUGAUGCCGGUCCCAUGACUAUCAGAGUGAUGGCCUCGCCCGACCAACCACUCUGGCGCCUUUAUUCAGAAGUUAUCAUGCGGCUGCCCUUUCAUAUUUAUAGAGCAUACGGUCCCGAUGGACGUGGGAAAGUGCGAUGGUGGAAACGCGUAGAAGCUUCCGAACCAAAAGAUCCGUAUGGACCAUGGCCCUGUAGUUUGUUGUGCAAGAAUCGUUUUGCCGCCUUACCUCGAAAAAAUGACGAAAAAGAAUUGAACGAAAACUUCGAUGAACUUAGGUCUAAUUGGGAAGAAUACUCAGACAAUGCUACAGUAGAAGGUAGCGGUCUCAGCGACGAAAGUCAGGUAUUGGUUGAAUUUGCGAUAAUGAAUCGAAAUAAUAAAUUUAUCUGGCCACGAGAAGCCGCUGCCAAGGUAGGGCGGGAUCGCCGACUGGCAGAUAAGCACAAGAAAUUUCGUCGAAUGCUUCUUGGACUCAAUGACAAUGGAUCUCCGAUGUCAACCCCCCCYGAUCUAGUAGGUUUAUACGUUGAUGCCAGAGAAGAAAGAACAGGACGGUGGUACGAGGUUCGCAUCACACAUGUAAAGGUAAUAGAUCCUGAAACAGAUGAAGAAAAUGACGAUGACUCGAUUGAUGACUAUCCAGCUCAAGGGUAUAAGGAAGUGCGUGUUGAUUUUACAAAACACGGAGGCCGUGCAGAAUGGAUUCGUAUUCCUGGAGAAUCUGGCAGACUGGCAGCUGCAGGAAGAUUCACUAUGGGCGAGGGAGGCGUUUCUCCUACAAGUCCAUCAAAGCAAACACAGGGGACGUCAGGUGCGGUUACUGAGUCAAAAGGAAAGAUCCAGGCACAGGUCAAAAAAGCUCCUCAAGAUGCCAAUGAUAUUUCAAAAGUGUGCACUAUACCAGGUUAUGGUGCUUGUGGUUUGGUCAAUUUAGGGAAUACUUGCUACAUAAACUCAGCUUUGCAGUGUAUAGGAUAUUUUCCUUUGGUCAGAUCAUAUCUGCUUAGUGGAGACUUCAGAGAUGAUUUGAAUAAAGAUAACCCCUUAGGUACCAAGGGUGUACUUCUGGAAGAAUUUGUUGAGUUGCUACGUUUCAUGUGGAGUGCAAAAGCUGGAGAAAAAUCACCAUUCCAACUAAGGAAACUAAUUGCAAAGCUCCGACCUGACUUCGCUGGAGCAGAUCAGCAAGACGCUCAAGAAUUGCUCAGUUACGUUCUUGAUGCUCUCAUGGAAGACAGUAAUCGUGUUAUCAAGAAACCAUACGUGGAAGGCCUAGAGGAUGAUUGGGUGAAAGUAACGAGUCUUUCAAGAGUCGGAGAAGAAGCCUGGAGGCGAGAACGACGGCGGAGCCGGUCUAUCAUWACUGAUGUCCACACAGGACAAACAAUCAGUACAACCACAUGUCCUGUUUGCAACUUUGCAAGCCAAAAAUUUGAUCCAUUCAACUUGUUAUCAUUGCCAAUACCAACAGUUACCGAUGUUAUUUUUAAGUGCAAAGUGAUYCGACGAGCGAAUUCUUUCAACACACCUUGGAUACUUAAUCGGCCGAAACACAGACUUGGAAAAGCAAAGAUAAGAUUCAGUCCAAACAAAUCAAUGAAUUCGACAUCUCCUUCGGACAAUCUUAUUGUGGAACAAUAUAUUAUUGCCAUGUCACGAUUAGCUGAUAGUAGUGACCUGAGACWAAAGAUUCAGAGCAUGUGUGGAAUUUCAGCAACAAAUCUUAUUAUCUGCAGUGCCGAAGAGAAGCUUGCGACAAAAGAAAAAGAUGACGGCAGUGUUGUGAGACGGAUAACGGAGCUCACRAUAAUMAAUAAGAAAGGGCCAUGCAGCCAGUUUGCUCGACAACGCAAUACUAACGAUGAAUCGAAUACAAGCGCAACGUCUCCGGCAUUGCUUGUUGCUUUUGAGUCUACACUUCAGUCAAGGCCUCUCGAUGGAAGAGUUGACGAWGGAUCCGAAACCAACUACGACGACUACGACGAUGAAGAAGAUGAUAUCGACAACUUUUCUAAGGGUCGUAAAGAAAAAGAAGAAAAGGAACUUGAGAAAAUGAUCAUGCAGUAUGGGAACGAAGAAGAAUGCCGAUUGUAUGAUACCGAGACGCUUCCAAUUGCGCAGGCCGUUUCUCGAAGUUUAUGGCCAACCAGACACCAAGAACUAAAACUUGGUCUACGCGUGGAUGCAAUUGAUCACAAAAAGCAUUGGUAUCCUGGAAGUGUAGUUGAAAUUCUUGAGAAUGACCCUGCCAAUGGUGAGGUUGGACAGGAUGAGACUAAGGUCAAGAUUCAUUUCGACAAUUUUUCUUCAAAAUGGGAUGAAAUUUAUUCCAUCGAACAUUUUAACAAUGGACAGGUCCAGCCUCUAUAUUCUCACGCUACUCCAAGAGCGAAACCGACGGAGUUUAUUGUUUAUCACCGCUACAUGGACCGAUCAACUAGAAUACCGAAUCUGUUCGGUCAAUCGUUUUAUGUGCAAUGUAGGAGUGAGUGGAGUACGGCUAGGGCGGGAGCACAGAUUCUUGCACAGGCUUCUCGAUUUCUCAGACAAGGCUCUAUUCAAACAGGUCCCGUCGAUGUUGACGGCGCACAGGAGCGUGAGAUGAAGAUUGACCGCUUGUACGACCGUACUCAAUCCAUCAUUUCUGAACUUAUCGACCUUCUGGUGGAAGCGGACAAAGAGUACCUCAUGGGAGCUCUUGGUUUGACCGACGAUACACCAAUGGCGAGACGAUUUCGAAAUCCUGGCUUUGAUGCCUCUACUAUUUCGUCAACACUWGUGAGGCGCGUCAAUGAGAAACUCCACCGCCUUCCUUUCGAGGUUCGUGUUUGUACUGCUGAGUCUCCGCUUGCCGGAAAUGCAAGCGAAGAGUGCGCAUACCCUUUCUCUUUGAUGAGAACUAUUGGAAAUUAUCUCAGUGCCCGCCAUGCAGUAGUUUUACAAUGGAGAGAGCCACCAUCCGACAAGAAAGCCAUAAAUUCAUUGCCAAGCAACACGAAAUAUUCUAACUACCUUAACGCCCCGGUCAUGUAUGUUCCACCGAAGGAAUUUAUGGACGAAGCCAGUGCCGAAAUCCUUACGAAGGCCAACCAAAAGGCCAAGAAAUCUCUGUCGGCUCGUGGGAGUGCGGGAAUGCCCUUGGGCAAAUGCCUCACCGAAUUUUGCAAAACCCAGAAACUCGAGAACGACGAGGGAGAUACGCACUGGAGGUGCCCACGGUGCAAAGAUUUYCGACCCGGUGCCAAACAGAAUCUAGUGCUUUGGCAGCUUCCCGAUAUUCUGACGAUUCACAUGAAAAGAUUUCGUUCUUCCCAAAAAUGGAGAGAAAAAAUUACUACAAAAGUCAACUUUCCUCUCACCGGUCUGGAUAUGAGAAAAUGGUGUCACCAAGAGUCUCCGGUGCUAGAGACGACCGUGACCGAUGAUUCUUACGUAUACGACCUGAUUGGUGUGCUGAAUCAUUACGGCGGGAUGACGGGUGGGCAUUACGUCGCAACCUGCAAGGCAACGCCAUGCAGCAAAGACGGAAGGGAAGAAGUCGCCUUCGAUUUCAACGGAGUUGGCGCAAGCAUGCCGAUAGCGACCGAAGACGAGGCGGGCACUCCGUCGGGCUGGAAGCCCUUUGGCCGCUCCAAGGUGGAGGUGAACGAAAACAAGGUCUCUGCCCUGGCGACAGCCAAGUUCCAGAGAGAAUCGGUGGAACCCCUCUGGCUCCAGUUCGACGACGAGGUCGUAGAACCGAUAGCACCGAAAAAUGUGGUUUCGGAGUCGGCGUACGUCCUGUUUUACCGGCGGAGGCGCCUGACCCCGGCCAACGUGGCGAGGUACAGCAGUCUCGAGUAGUCCGUGCCGAGGCAGAAUUGUGCCAACCUACGGCGUGGUSUUUCUAAACGAAAGAUUUACCAUUAAAUUAAGUUUUGAUUG